AGGUGUUAAGCUUCUACGUCUGUGUACCGGAAAGUAGUAGUUGUAAGACGUCAGAGAAAAUAUAUCAGCUUAUUGUUAAAUAAUUAUGACGUUCUUUCCAAUACAAAAAGUGUAGUAACUAUUGUUUCCAAACUAAGUUACUCACUCGUCAGCAGAUGGCGAUGAGCGUCUUUCAGCUGACUCUUCUUCCGUGACGUAUAAUGGACGGGACGCUUCUUCAGGAACAACAAGGCGCCAACUCUUUCAACCACCUCGAUAGCUUGCUAGCCAACAUAAAACUGAAGGAUUGACGCUUUAGACCAUGUUAAUGUACAUUAGCUAACCUCAGUGUUGUAAACGCAGUUACGUUGACGUAUCAACUGGUUAACUUUAACCUAAUUUGCAUGGUCAAUUUGCAAACGUGUUAAAGAUUGAUACUGAGCCUAGCACGAGGCUAGUCGCUAAUGCUAACUAGCUAGCUAACAUCCCUGACCAUGAGCUCACUAAACUACUCCUCCCUUGCUAAAGAAGAUGAGGUCUGCUGUUUGGAGAAAGAAGCUCUUGCGCUGAACAUGGAAGAAGAAGAGGAGGAUACAGUGAAAGGAGAGAAAGAACCUUUUAGAGAGGAAGAGGAUGCUGUCUCAAUAAAGGUGAAGGAGGAAGACAUUUUGGGAGUGAAAGAGGAGGAGACAGAAGAAGCUUUCAGGAUGAUAAAGGAGGAAGAGGAUGAUAUUACAGUGAAAGAGGAAGAUGGGAAAGAGGUUGUCAGCGUGGAAGAGGAGGUAGAAUCUUUCAGAAUCAAAGAGGAGGAAGAUGCCAUAACAUUGAAAGAAGAAGAGAAUGUAGUGAAAGAAGAGGAAGAACCUUUUGGAGUAAAAGAGGAAGAGGGAGCUAUCUCAAAAAAAGAGGAGGAGGAAGAUGUUUUAGGAGUGAAAAAGGAGGAGGAGUCAGAAUAUCCGAUUACCAUCAGUGAGUACUGUCUUAAAAACAGGGGCACAAACGAUGCUGUUGUUGAACUAAUGUGUGGUUUUAAAGGGGCAUUCUACUGAAGUUCUACACUUGAAUAUGUUGUUCAGUACUGUAGGAAUUGUUAAAGGGUCAAUCUGCCAUUGGUUCAUAUAUUUCGGGGUCUUUUCAAUUAGAUUUAUUGAAUUCUCCAAAAGCACCCAUUUUGUCGAACAAAUGCUUUUACAUUUGCAUUUUAGGCCCCGUUUAGAGAUAUUCAUGCAUCUGGUAAGACUCUGUGAUUGUAAUAGUAGAUCAUAAGUUUACCACCUGUUUGAUGUUCUCGUUCACACAGGAGAGAGACAUGACUAUUGUGGAUCCUCUGGGGAGCCUCAACAACAUCCUGAUGCUGACGAGGCAGAGAAGAGUCUCUCCAGAUCAGAACACCAGAUGGACAACGCUAGCCCUUCC